AUGACUUCAAUUUUACGCGGUGGUAAUAAUUGUAUUAAUAAAACAACAUCUUCAAAAAUUGUUAAUAAUAAUAUUAAUAAUAAUAUUAAUAAUAAUAUUAAUAAUAAUAAUAAUAAAAAAAGAAAAUUAGAUUUAUCUUCUUCUUCAGAUGAUGAUGAUGAAUAUGGUAAUCAUAAUACUAUUGAUUAUCCAGUAGUUAAAAGAAGAAGUAUUGCUAAACCAGAUGAAUCAUCAUCAUUAUCAUUAUUAGAUAAUUUUACAACCACGAAUAAAAUUCCAAGAAGAUUAUCUAAUUUUGGUAAUUCAUCAUGUAAAUCAUCAUGUAAAUCAUCAGUUUCAAAUCAAGAAGAAUCAGUUUCAAAUACUGAUCAUGUUGCUAGAAAUGAAUGUUUUCAAUAUUUAAUUGGUAGCAUCGAUGAAUGUUGGUCACGUUAUUGUAAUUCAAAAACAAUCAAUGAAAGUGAAAUUUAUUAUUCAGAUACUGAUUUAACUGAUUAUGAAGAGGUUACUAGUUCAUCAAAAGAACAACUAAAACAUGUAGUUAAUAAAUUACCAGUUGCUAAUACAAAUUAUCAAUCAUUUAGACCAAGAUUAGCAUCAACAAGUUCAAUUUCAUCACAAGAAGACGAAUCAUCAUGUCAUUUACAACAAUUGAAAGAUAGAUUAACUAGAGCUAAAUAUUAUUUACAAGAUUUAGUUGAUUCAGAUAAUUAUAAUGAUAUUUUAGCAUUUUGGAAACGUUGGGAUAUGAUUAAAUAUGCAACUAUAGAAUUAGUUGAAGAUGAUGAUGACGAUGAAGUUAUUGAAUCAACAAUUGAAGAAUUAGAAGCUGGUAGAUUAUUUUUGUAA